AUGGCUUCGUUCAAAGUUAAACCAGAACACUCGGGACCGCCCGAAUUGUAUUACAAUGAAACAGAAGCUGCUAAAUAUGCAUCUAAUUCUCACAUCACUGCUAUUCAACAUGAAAUGGCUGAACGAGCUCUGGAAUUGCUAGCUCUUCCUGAGGAUAAAACAUGUUUUCUGUUAGAUAUUGGAUGCGGAACAGGAAUGAGUUCUGAAGUUAUUCUUGAUGCAGGUCAUAUGUUUGUGGGAGUCGACGUUUCGAGGCCUAUGCUUGAAAUCGCACGACAGGACGAAGAUCUAGAAACUGGGGAUUUCGUUCAUCAAGAUAUGGGUCUUGGAAUGCCAUUCAGACCAGGAAGUUUUGAUGGAGCUAUCAGCAUCUCAGCAGUCCAGUGGCUGUGUCAUGCAAAUUCUUCAAAUGAGAAUCCACGCAAACGUCUUCUGUUUUUCUUUCAAUCACUUUAUGGUUGUCUUGGACGUGGAUCUCGAGCUGUUUUUCAGUUUUAUCCUGAAAAUGAUGAGCAAUGUGAUCUAAUUAUGGGUCAAGCUCAUAAAGCAGGAUUCAACGGCGGACUUGUUGUAGAUUUUCCGGAAGCAGCGAAAAGGAAGAAAGUGUAUUUAGUGUUGAUGACUGGAGGAGUUGUCCAAUUACCUCAAGCAUUGACUGAAGAUGGAGGAGAAGGAAGAACUCAAAUUGAUAAUGCUGGAAGACGAUUUGUCUGGAAUUCUCGCAAACAAGAAAAAGUGGUGAAAGGCUCAAAAGCAUGGAUUGAAGCUAAGAGACAACGUCAAAUCAAACAAGGUCGUGAUGUCAGACAUGAAUCAAAAUACUCUGGAAGAAAGAGAAAGACCAAGUUUUAA